AUGUGUGACUCUGUUUACACAACGCCACAAUCAGUGACUUCAAAGAAAACUCCGAGGAGGAGAGCAAUCUCGCCACGAACAUCACGGUACUCUUCGCCGUUUCAGGUGGUAGAUCUCAGCAAUGAGACCCAAGAAGAGCUGAAGAAUCGUCUGUUGGAGUCGGAAAACGUCAUUCAAGAAUUGCGCGCUGAACGCGACGCACUACAAGGCACCCUGGUCGAUAAGGCGGGACUCAAUGAGAGUGUAAUUAUUGAGCGAAGUAACCGAGUGUCGACACAAGAGACGCGAAUCUAUCGACGAGAUAUGACGGUUUUGGAGGACGAUUUGAAGCAGAAACAGUCGCAAAUUCGAAUUCUCCAGGAUAAAUGUUCAGCACUGGAAGUGGAGAAGCAACGGAUGGCAGAGGCAUUAAAAAUGACAGAAGAUGACAAAAAGGAGAACGAGGAGCAGCUGAAUUCGUUGAGAAACCGAAUUCAUGAGCUGGAAAAGGACAAAUUGUCGAAAACUGAUGAGAUUUAUCAAAUGAAUGGAGAGUUGCGGAGGAUGACGGAACGAUUGAAGGGUUUGAGUGAGGAAUACAACAGGACAAUGGCAGAAAGUUCGAAUGAAAAGAGAGCAUUAGGGGAGAAGUUGGAGAAGUUUAGGAAUCAGUUAAAGGAGAGCGAUCGGAAGAGUUUGGAAGUGAAUCGAGAGCAAGAGAACACUCAAAAAGUGUUGAGUGAAGUCCGUCAGCUAUCGGAUCGUCUGGAAUACUUAACACCAGUCCGUAAAGACCCGAAGAAGAAGGAACGAGAGGAAUUCAUACAAUUAUCCGCCAAGGUGAUUGAGGAGACGAUGAGUGAUCUGAAAAUGAAAAAUGCGAGGUUGGAAAAGGAGUUAUUGGCGAAAAAAGAGUUGGUGAACUCGACGAAAGAAGAGUUGGAAGCUCUCAAACAGCAAAUGAAAGCGGCGAUGGGCGACUCGGAUCAGGCGACGAAAUUCUUGCAGGACGAUAAUAUGAAGUUGACUCGCCAGAAAGCGGAUAUUCGUUGCGACCUUUUAGAGGCUCGUCGGGAGCUCACUGGUUUCGAUAAAAAGAGAGAGGAGCUUGAGAAGCAGAGGGAUGAGGCGUUAAGUGAGGUUAAACGAAUCUCAGAGCUCAAAAAGAAUGUGGAGAAGGAGAUGGAGUCAUUGACGACACUGGCGGCUGAAAGGGAGCUGAAAAUCGAAGAAUUGCAGACUAAGAUGGCUGGACUUGAAGUUAUCAAGAGAGAGCAUGACUCGAUGAAGAGUGAAUUGAGUAAGACUCACGAGAAACUGAAUCAACUUGGGAAGCAUCUUGUGAUGGCUGACCAACAAUGUUCACAUUUCAAAGCACUCAAAGAGACGGCAGAAGGGUCCAGAAGACGCGCCAUCGAGCAGUGUAAUGAUAUGGUUGUGAGGAUCCGAGGGCUAGAAGCACAACUGGAGAAUCAGAGGAAAGUGGAGCAAGAACUCGAGAUGUUGAGAGCUGAGAACUCCCGACAAGCACAGAAGAUUGAUUAUAUGAAGGAGGAGAUUCAAGAGGUUCAUCUGGAUUAUAGACAAGAGUUGUCGACGAUUGCACAGAAAAAAGGAGAGGAGAAGAGGAAUGAAGAGGAUGCGGAGCAUCUCAGAUUGACGCUCUCGAAGAGAGAUAGUGAGCUGAGAAGUGCCAAAAAGACGAUUGAGGAAGUGAAAGCGGAUAAUCAGAAGGUUCAGCAGAUUCUAGAGGAAGUACGACGUCAGCAAGACAAGAUUCUUGAGGAGAACGUUCGUUUGAGGAAGGGAAUGGCGGAUGCACUCGAGAAGAUCGAGGAAUUCAAACGAAACUGGCAAAACUCGAUGGAUAAAUGUGAGCGUUUGGAAAGGGAGAAUGCGGAUUUCGAGAUGAAAAUGAAUAAAAUGGAGGAGGAUUUGGCGGAGAAGUCACAGCAGGUUACCGAAUCGGAAGAGACCAUCGCCUAUCUCCAUACACAAAUUAAUGCGAAACAGCAGAAUAAGCAACCGAAAUUGGGGAGGAGAAGCACGUUGUUGAGUACGGUCUCUGAGAUGGAUACGACUGUUUAUAUGCGCGAAGCCGAAGAGGUGCGUGCUCUCGAAGAGCAACGUCAAGCUCUGAUGAGCAACUUAGCAGAGAAACGUCGCUUGCUCGCCGACUCGAAAAAGUCUCAAUCCACUGCCAACACGACUACAGUAGUCACCUCCACCACAACUUCCACGGAAAUCACGAAAACAAGUCAAUCGGCGAGUGAACUCUCCCAUAACAGACAGGGAACAAUGCGACACGAUAUCCCACACAAAUGGAAAGAAUACCGUCAUUUGGGUGUUCUCUCCAUCAAAUGUUCGCUCUGUUUCGUCGGUAUUCCCACACUCGGAAAAGCGCGUAAAUGUGUGCAUUGUGACGUCCACGUGCAUGCUUCGUGUGCUCCACGUGUCAAUAAUACGUGUGGAAUGCCGGUGCAAUGUGCCACGUAUUACCAGGAGAAUAAUACGAAUGUGUCUGCGGUGUCGGAGGGAAGAAUGAAUGGAUGGUUGAGAGUUUAUCAGGAUGAUAUGCCCGGAUCCACGUGGAUCGCCUCGUGGGCUAUGAUGGAUUUGACACGAAUCGCAUUCUAUACGAAUGAUGGAGCGGAUCUUGAUAAACCAUUUCUCUGGAUUGACUUGAAUCAAGAGCAAUGGGUGCUCCGUACCGGACAAGAGAUGCCUGUCGACUGUGAUGAUUCGAUGAGAGCCAGCAAUGUGCUCAUGAUCAAAAUGCCACGUAGAUCACUCUAUAUCCUGGCUCCAUCCCAACCGGCGGCUGGAAGAUGGGCGGAAUGUCUACAGACGGCUCAGAGAAAACGAAUGAUGCUCAACUCGAAGCCAUCUUCGAUAGCCGAGUUUAGUUGUUUGUUGGUGCUGAAUUCGCCGAAUAAUUUGAAGAUUUUUAAGGCUGUGACAAUCGAGGACUGGAUCCUAUUCGCCACUCAAACUGGCCUCUUCUUCACUAGCAUCUCCCAACCACGUAAUCCAAUGCGUAUUGCCGGUCCAAUGUCUGUCACUUGUCUGGAAAUAAUGUCUGAAAUCAAUACGGUGGCUAUGGUAGUCAACAAGCACAGACAGUUGGCAGUCAUACCGAUGGAUUCGUUAACACUGGCAAUGCAAAGUACUCAGCCAUCGAUUCGACCGGAGAUUUUGCCGGAAUUCGGACAUGUUCACACUAUUAAAUAUCAUCAGCAAGCUGGUGGAACUGGACAGAGAUAUUUAGUGAUUUCGGAUGAUACUCAUUUGUAUAUUCGAAAGUAUAAUGCGACCAGGGAUAUUUUCAGUCAAUUUGCUAAAAUCAACGUUCCCGAACCGGUGACAUUUGUUGAAAGUGCGCCCCAUGGCAUCAUCUAUGCAUCUGACACGUUCUACUACGUGCCACUCGAUGGAAACUCGACGACUCCACGUCAACUAACAAUUCCACGUAAUGAUUAUCCAGUCAGUGCUCAGUUGAUCUCAUCGAAUGAGGUGCUUCUCGCUUUCCAAAAUCAUGGAGUUUUCGUGAAUCUUUACGGUGAAAUGACACGAAAAUCGACGAUCGAAUGGGAGAAAAUGCCGAUGGAAUUCAUCUACACGACGCCGUUCCUCUACAUUGUUCACGACGAUUCCAUAGAGAUUCUGGAGGUUUCUGAGAGCUCCGAAGAGACGGUUUUGGAUGAGAGAGAAGUGUUCGAAUGUGUGAAUGCACAUAUCAUUGGACGACAAUAUCAAGGAGUUCUCAUCUCGGUUUCAUCCAAAGACUCGACAGAAGUUCAUCGAUUCUCGACGACUACAGGACACGCGAAGCAACGGAAUAUGGCGAAACGACGUGGAGCAUCACCUGGAAACACACUUAAACGCACUAAAAAUUGA